UAUACGCUUCUUCUGCCUUCGCAUCUGAAUCUUCUUCAGAAAACUUCGCUCUCUUUCUAUCUCUAUAUGACCGCCCGCUCCAGACAACUCGCCGGCGGCAUAUCGCCGGUGGAGGCGCCGCCGCACCAAUCGCCAAAGGAAUACGCAUCUCCGACGCAUCAAUCGCAAAAAAACAACACAUCUCCGCCGGAUAUGGGAACUCUAAACUCCGAUUUCGUAGUCAUCCUCACCGCGCUUCUCUGCGCGCUCAUCUGCGUCCUCGGACUCCUCGUGGUGGCGCGGUGCGCCUGGAUUCGACGUAUGGCCGGCGCGCACGACGCGGCGGCGGCGGCGGCGAACAGAGGCGUGAAGAAGAAGGUACUUAAUUCGCUCCCCAAGCUAACCUACGGCGGCGAAGACGGCGAACACGCAGCUGCUAAGCUCUCCGACUGCGCCAUUUGCCUCGGCGAUUUCGUCGCCGGCGAAGAGAUCCGAGUGCUUCCGCAGUGCGGCCAUGGAUUCCACGUUUUGUGCAUUGACACGUGGCUAGGAUCUCACUCGUCCUGUCCUUCCUGCCGCCAGAUUUUGGGGGCGGCGCGGUGCCAAAAGUGCGGCGACUUGCCGACCGCCACGUGUUCCGCCGCCGCCGCCGCUCAUCCUCCGCCGCUCGCAAUCCGCGUGAACAGGUUUUUACCCUAAUCCUUCAAUCCACUUUAAAUUACUGUACCAAUCGCACAGUAGACAACACUCACCUCUUAAAUUGAAAACGGUUACAAUCAAUUAGAACUUUCUAGAUCCACUGCACCACCACCACCAUCAUCAUUCAUCAUCAUCAUCAUCAUCAUCAUCAUCAUCCUGUAUAUAUAUAUAUACAUGUAUAUCUGUAUCUAUAUAUAUCUACAUAGAUCAGAUCAGAUCAGAUCAGAUUUGUACGUUUCUUCAACAAGUCCAAACAAAAAAGGUUCAAAUCA